CGCCGUCACCUUCCCCCCCCCUACGUAAGAUGGCGACCUAGGAUGUUUUUUUCCAAGCCGUAGCGAAUGAUCGACGCUUCUCCACCCAAAACCUGACCGCGUCGUUCCGACUCCCCUCCACCAUAACCAAGAAAAUGGACCGAUUCGUGUGGACUAACGGCCUCCUGGAGAUGAACGAGACGCUGAUCGUCCAGCAGCGCGGAGUUCGCCUCUACGACGGCGCCGAGAGGACUGUCUUCGACUCUGGGAAUCUGCUGCUCAGCACUCACCGCCUCCUGUGGAGAGAUCACAAGAACCUCGAGUGCGUGAUCAGCCUCCCCCUCUCCCUCAUCCUCUCCGUCGAGGAGGAGCUGCCGCCGCUCAUCAGCAACAGCAGCCCCAAGUUGUUGCUGCGGCUGUCCGGGGCCGGCGUGGAGGGAGCGGCCGCCGCCCUUGGAGGGCCAUACGGGAGCAGCCGGCACGACGCCGUGAGGGCCUCCUUCAGGCAGCACGGCCACGCUCAGUUCCUGCGGAGGCUGCAAGAGGCUCUGGCUCAGAAGCUGUGGCAGAAACUUCCAGACAUGGAGACACGUGGACAGCAGCAGCAGCAGCAGCCGCGGGGGGUCCGGGCGCGGGGCGCUGGCAUCGUGAGCAUUGAGAGGAAGCUCGAGGAGAAGAGGAAAGAGACGGAGAAGCACAUCUCAGAGGCUUUUGAAGAUCUUGGCAAGCUGAUGGAAAAGGCCAGGGACAUGGUGGAGCUCUCCAAGUCCAUCGCCAACCGCAUGCGCGACAAACACGGAGACAUCACGGAGGACGAGACGGUGCGCUUCAAGUCGUACCUGCUGAGCUUGGGCAUCGCUGAGCCGGUGACGCGCGCCACUCACGGAGCCGGCUGCCACUUCCACGCCGAGCUGGCGAGGCAGCUGGCCGAACUCCUGGAGCCACGCCUGCGGGAGUGUGGGGGUCUAAUGGAACUCACGGAUGUCUACUGUCGGGUGAACAGGGCACGUGGUAUGGAGCUGCUGUCGCCGGAGGACCUCCUGAACGCAGCCCGGCUCUUUGAGCCUCUCAAACUCCCCAUACGGCUUCGCCCGUUUGCCAGCGGUGUGAUGGUGGUGCAGCUGACGUCACUGGAUGAAGACGCAGCCAUCGCAGAAGCAGCUUGCGUGGUUGAAGAGAAGGGUUCAUUAACAUCCGAGGAGUUCUCGAAGCUCAUUGGGAUCUCUGUGCUGCUGGCGAGAGAGAGGCUGUUGCUGGGCGAGGAGAAUGGACGACUCUGCAGGGACGACUCCGAGGAGGGGCUCAGAUUCUACCCCAACCGCUUUGCAUAGACCCAUAGGGUGUCCACCCCUAGGGUGUCCACCCCUAGGGUGUCCACCCCCAGGGUGUCACUCCUAGGGUGUCCACCCCCAGGGUGUCCACCCAUAGGGUGUCCACCCCCACGGCGUCACCCCUACAGUGUCACCCCUACAGUGUCACCCCACAGCGUCACCCCUACAGUGUCACCCCUACAGCGUCACCCCUACAGUGUCACCCCUACAGUGUCACACCUAAAGUGUCACCCCUACAGUGUCACCCCAACAGUGUCACCCCUACAGUGCCACCCCUACAGUGCCACCCCUACAGUGUCACCCCUACAGCGUCACCCCUAAAGUGUCACCCCUACAGCGUCACCCAUACAGUGCCACCCCUACAGUGCCACCCCUACAGCGUCACCCCUACAGCAUCACCCCUACAGCGUCACCCACACAGUGUCACCCCUACAGCGUCACCCCUACAGUGUCACCCCUACAGUGUCACCCCUAAAGUGUCACCCCUACAGUGUCACCCCAACAGUGUCACCCCUACAGUGCCACCCCUACAGUGCCACCCCUACAGUGUCACCCCUACAGCGUCACCCCUAAAGUGUCACCCCUACAGCGUCACCCAUACAGUGCCACCCCUACAGUGCCACCCCUACAGCGUCACCCCUACAGCGUCACCCCUACAGUGUCACCCCUACAGCGUCACCCCUACAGCGUCACCCCUACAGUGUCACCCCUACGGUGUCACCCCUACAGUGUCACCCCUACAGUGUCACCCCUACAGUGUCACC